AUGACUGAGAAUCCUUCUAUUGUCAUCCGUGGAAUCUCUGAUUACGCCGACUCUCAUAAAAACGAUGACUGGCAGUACUAUGCAGCUGCUACUGCCGCCGCAUGUACAAAAGAGCUGCUCGCCUAUAUAGAUCCAAGGUCUGACCUUGAGGUGUCGAAUACAUCCACUGGAAAAGCGGCCACGCUCAGUGACGCAUCGGCUGGCUAUAAUGUUUUUUAUGGCAGAGGAAUCCAGCACUCUGGCUCUGGAAACUUUUCUAUUGGGAAAGAUUUAAAUAUUAGUUAA